AGCCGCCGCGGCGUCCCCGAGUCACGUGAACUCGCCCCACGUGACCCGAGGCCUGCGUCCAACAUGGCGGCCUCCACGGGUCUCCGGCUCUGCUUCCUGCUUACGCUGUUCGGCGUCCUCGGGGAAUGGCCACCGGAGAGUGCCUGGGAAACGUGGUGAGCGACGGGCGGCCGGUGAGCAGCUCCGGGGGGCUGCAGAACGCACAGUUCGGGAUCCGCCGCGACGGGACCCUGGUCACUGGGUACCUGUCUGAGGAGGAGGUGCUGGACACCGAGAACCCAUUUGUGCAGCUGCUCAGUGGGGUCGUGUGGCUGAUCCGCAAUGGAACCGUCUACAUCAACCAGAGCCAGGACAUUGAGUGCGAGGAGACUCAGGAGACAGGUUCCUUUAGCAAAUUCAUAAACGUCAUAUCAGCCAGGACAGCCGUGGGCCAUGACCGUCAGGGGCAGCUUGUGCUCUUCCACGCCGACGGGCAGACAGAGCAGCGUGGCCUUAACCUGUGGGACAUGCUGAAACAGGACGUGGUCAACGCCAUCAACCUAGAUGGGGGCGGCUCUGCCACCUUCGUGCUCAACGGGACCUUGGCCAGCUACCCAUCAGAUCACUGCCAGGACAACAUGUGGCGCUGUCCCCGCCGUGUGUCCACUGUGGUGUGUUUGCAUGAGCCACGCUGCCAGCCACCCGACUGCAACGGCCACGGGGCCUGCGUGGAGGGGCGCUGCCAGUGCACGGGCCACUUCUGGCGGGGAGCCUCCUGCAGCGAGCUGGACUGCGGCCCCUCCAACUGCAGUCAGCACGGACUCUGCACAGAGACUGGCUGCCGCUGUGACGCCGGGUGGACAGGCUCCAACUGCAGCGAAGAGUGUCCCCUUGGCUGGCACGGGCCAGGCUGCCAGCAGCCCUGCAUGUGUGAGCACCAGGGUCCCUGCGACCCCCAGACCGGCAACUGCAGCUUUUCCCGAGGGAAGCAGUGUCUGCAGCCAUCUGAGGCCACGCCGAGGGCAGGAGAACUCUAUUUUUUCACCCAGACCACCUGGCUGGCCCUCACACUGGCCCUGGCCUUCCUCCUCCUGACCAGCGUGGCCGUGAACGUGUCCUUGCUCUUGGGCUCCCGGGCAGAGAGGAGCCGGCACCUGGACGGGGACUAUGCCUACCUUCCACUGCAGGAGAUGAAUGGGGAGCUCCUGGCCACUGAGAAGGGACAGCCGGGGGACACCAGCACCCCCUUCAAGGAUUGAGGAAGGGCUCCUCACAACACCAUCCAGCUUCUACAGGGGACAUUCCGAGGCCACUGCCGUGGACCACCUGGGCACACCUGGGCCCCACCCGCACCUGUCCACCUGCCAAGGCCCACGCACCGCCAGCAAGUCAGUGCUGCCUGAGAUGUCCCACCACCCCUGCUCGUGCUGCUGCCCAGAGGCCUGUCCCACCCCCCAGGAGGGCCUGCUCCGAUGCCAAAGAGUCUCAGCCUCCUGGGGGAGGGGCUGCCAGCAAACCUACCCGAACUCAGUGGCCGAAUCAAGUGGCAGAGCCCAGCACCCCCCACACACAACACAAGGGGAGAAUGAAGGGACAAGCCUGCCUAUGGCCACAUCAUGGGACUCUGUACAGACCAGCCCUGCCAACUAGCCCUGUCUCCAGUCAUAGGAAAGGCCUUAGAUGAAGGGAUGGAGGGAGGCAGGCGAUGCCGUGUUUACAGACCUGUUUACCCUGCUGCUGAGAGGUUUUCUAUCACUUGAAUAAAUUGAUAUAAUAAAAGGA